UCAAAGGGAAUGAAUAUCGCAGCUGACAGGCAGCCCGUUGAGCCUGUGUCGUGCUUGUACCUUUCGGCGGCAAUUUUUAGGUCAUUUUUCGGAAUCCGAUAAGUCACAAAAUUUUUCAGCAAGUUUAAUGGCCUCCUGAACAUCGUGGUUUUGUCGACCAAACGAAAUGGGCGUGAAUCACAGUUCAGACUCGACAGGGAAGAGUGGUAAGGGCCACCACGACGAACAGGCCAAGGCCGAGAAGCCUGAAAAACCCUACGAGUUCCUCCUCCCUGUGGAGAAAUUAUGCAGAAAAUUAGAGGAAAUCACAAACAAAGAAGAAUCUCUCAAAGGAAUCAGCCUGAAUGUCUUUCAAACCCGAGUGUUUCCGGUUUACCCGGAGCUUGCCAGUCGCAUCUACGCCUUGUUCUGCCGGGUGAGCGGCCACAAGGGCAAUGGGCCGAUCCCGGCCAGCUCCUUCUUACAGGUGGCCGAAAAAUUCAUGAACAUCAUGUCUGACGAGAAGCAGACCGAACUCUACCUCAAGAUGUAUGCCGAAGAAAAUUUGAGUGAGAUCAAGAAGGAUAACUUCCAGCAGCUGGCCACCUUGUCGCACACCGUAGCGCUGGACCACUACCCCGAAGGUCCCCGGUGCUGUGCGAAGACCAGAGAGACCCUCGCCACGCUCGCCAAUGCAGCGUUCCACGGCAAGGAGGUGCUCUCGCUCACCUACUUGGCCCAUUGGGUCACCGAAAAUAGUCCGCGGCUGCUGCUUGGCCUGCACCGGUACGUCGUGCACCAUCUCAACACUUCGUACAGAACCAUCGACCAGCCCCUCAGCUCCGGUCCACAAAAUGAAGAGGAAAAAAAGGUUGAUUCAAAGAACAUGGACCUGGGCACGCCAGUGCUGGAGAGCGAGCCGCACUUCCCGGACAACGAGGAGGCAAAGCCGCUGCCUCUAUCCGAGGUGUGGCUGCUAGCCGUCAGCCUACCCAAGCUGUACAUCCAGCCGUCGGUCAUCCACUCACCGUCGUCGAGCAGCGGCCUCGCCUCUCUCGACUCGCAAGGAAUCAUCGCCCGAUUUCUCGGCACAAUUUGUCCAUCGCACUGGACGCCACUGUACAACAGCAACAACCACGGCCUUGGUGCCAACAGAUUUUUGACGCACGUGCUCAACUAUCGCGGACCGACGUUGACGUUUAUUCGCGGCGAAGGCGACGUCGAAUUCUGUAUCGGCUCGACGGACGAGUGGAAGGAAACGCACAUGUACUGGGGCAAGGAAGACUGCAUCGUGCUGCAAACUAAACCAUUAUUCCACAUUAUCGAGCGUGGGCCAAAACUGAUGUACCUUAACACCGGCAUCCGUGGUUACCCAUUGGGCCUGCGCGCCGGUCUUGACCCGAGAAAACCCACGCUCAGCAUCAACAGCGGAUUCACGCAGGUUGAAUUCAAGGCGAUACCGUACCCCCUGUUCAGCGUUGAGGUCUGGGGAUGCGGAACCUCACAAUCCAGAGAGGCGCAGCUGGACAUCAAGAAGUGGCAAGUGAAGCAGGCCGAGCGGCAGAGGCAGGUGAAGCUGUCCGCGGCUGACUGGGUGGACCACCCAGACAGAUAUUUGCUCGAGCUUGGCGGUCGCACCACAUACAAUGAGCAAGGCACCUAGCACCCGCGCCACCUCUAGUCACUCGGGCCAGUUUUUCGUCACAAACAUUAUGCUAAGUCUGAGAACUAUUCCAUUAAAUGAUGUAAAUUAUGGAGCGGGAGAAGAAGAUGUUGAGCUAUAUCCACUUAGAAAUUCCUACUAACUGUGAAAUUUGAUUAAGACCUUAAAUAUUAAAUUAAUUGUGCAUUGCAUUUCAAUAAAUUAUAAAAUUUAUAUUUAA